AUGAUGCGCUCCCUGCUCGUCACCGCCUUCGCUCUCUCGGCGGACGCCCUCGACUUCGUCGCGGUGUCGCCUGGGACUGGCGCCGCAUAUGAGGGCUCGCUCAGCGGAAACGGCAACAGCGUCGGCUACACCGCAGCCAACGGGGACCAGUGGAACGCCUUCAUCUAUAACUCGAGCUACGAUCAGUCCACAAUCAUGAUCACGCCGGCGCAGGCGAUGCCCACGGAGAUGCCCAAGCAGGUCCGCCUCAACUACGCCUGA